AUGGAAGCUUUUGCGUUUGCCGUCAACAUCAUCAAGGUCAUCGACUGGGGACGCAAGGGAGUGCUUAUCUGCCAUGAUAUUUUUGAGAGCGGGGAGAUCAAACCGACACAGGUCAUCGAUUGGAGUCGCAAGGCCAUGCCUGUCUACAAUGAUAUUUUCAAGAGUGGGAAAAGCAACCCGACACAAAGAGAGGUCAUCAUGGCACUCAAGAACGCCACGGACUCCCUCCAAGAAUCAUUAUCUUCACAACCAGAACCGCUCCAAAGCUAUGAACAGAAGCUUCUCGAUAUUGCACAAUUAUGCAAAAAUGCUGCAACCAAUCUUUUGAAGAAGCUUGGAAAUGCGGACGGUCACUCCAAGAUGACAAGGGCAAUGACAGCGUUGCUCAAGAAAUCCGCAAUCGAAAAGCUGGAUGACGAUCUUGCGUCUUGUCAAAGGGCUCUGGAAACUCAGUUACUACUCGAUCUCAGGAACAACCACGACCUGACAGCACUUCGAACAGACCAAGCAUUUGAUAACCUGGACGCUAAAGUACAGAACAUCAUUCUCAAAUUGGAGGACGGGAAAACAAAACUGAGCCAAAUUUUGGACAACCACACCAAGAUUAUCACAAAAAUGGACAGUCAGCAUGCCGAAGCAAUGGUGAAAAUGAACAGGCUAGAGGCUAGAAGUGGAUCUCUACAAGCCAGCGCAGAAGAGGACCAUCAAAAAGCUGUGCUUGCCAGUUUGUUUUUCCCAGAGAUUACCUCCCGAAGAGAACAGAUAUCGGAGGUGUACCCAGACACAUACGAAUGGGUCUUUAAGAUAACGGACCGAAACAGUGCUUACGCUAAAAACCCAAAUCUAUUGCAAUGGCUCAAAAAUGGUAACGGUAUCUACUGGAUAUCUGGAAAAGUCGGCUCAGGCAAAUCUACCCUGAUCAAGUACAUCACUGAGCACCCAGAAAAUAAAGCAGCGCAAGCUUCGUGGGCUGGCCCGGCAAAUAUGUUCAUUGCAACGCACUUCUUUUGGUCACAAGGCGUGACACUUCAACGUUCCCAAGAAGGAUUUCUUCGAACAAUUCUCUACCAAAUCUUGAAAUCGACCCCCAAUUUGAUGGCCUUUCUUGAUAGACCGUUGAAGCUUUGCAUUUUCGCCGAUGGACUAGACGAGUACAUGGGAGACCCCACAGAGCUAGUGAAGUUGUUGUACCACAUCUCUUCCGGAGCUAAUCUUAAAUGCGUAAUCGGCAGCCGACCAUGGGCAGCCUUUCGCAAGAUAUUGGAAGCUAGUCCACAAAUCCGCCUGCAAGAGCUCACGGAACCGGACAUUCUCAGUUUUGUUUCCGGAAAAAUCAGAACUGCAGCAACUCAGGCCCUGCUAUCAGAACAACAAACGAUCACGCUUACCUCCACGAUGUUACGAAAGGCUGAGGGCGUUUUUCUUUGGGUUAGUCUAGCAACCGCUUCUGUUCUCGAAGGCAUUCUGAAUGGCGAUGACUUUGAUGAAUUACAAUCAAGAGUUGAUGAGUUGCCAAUUCAACUAUCAGAAUUGUACCGUAGGAUCUUGCUUCGCAUUGAUGAGAGAUACCGACUUGAAGCAAUGCGUAUCUUCCAAAUUCUUCUCUUGGACAAUUCAAAUCCUGCUCUGACAGCAUCGGUACUCACGCUUUCCCUUAUGGACUUUGGAAUGGAGAAGAAGAAAAGUCCGACUCCGAAUCUUCAAGACGAUGAGGACUACAAAGCUCUGCUAAGGGAUUGCAAUCGGACCCUUGUCCAGCUGCAACAGAGGUGUGGAGGCCUGCUGCAAUUUGAAUCUCUGUUCAGCAAUAAUAAGCACCUCUACUCUAAUAAAAUUCCCGAAAAUAUUAUUUCUUUGGCUAUAGCUGAACAUAUGAAUGUUCGGUUUCUCCAUAAGACUGUUUUUGACUCCUUCCGAGAAUCUCCCCAGGCCCUUGAACUCACCGGUUCCCACCCCCAGGGUCCUUGA